AUGGGAAAUAUUAUUUGUUCGCAUUCUUUAUCCCCGCUAUCUCAUUCCACUGCUCGCUGCCAUUAUCUUGUUCCCACUUCUGCAUAUGAUGUUUUCAUUAAUCACCGCGGAAAGGAUACAAAACAAUUUCUAGCAAGUUCAUUGUAUGAUAAUCUUCAAAAUAGAGGAUUUAGAGUGUUUUUGGACAAAAGUUCUCUUCGAGUGGGGCAAUACGUACCAGAAGCUAUAACUUGUGCAAUACGCAGAGCCGCUGUUCAUAUUGUCAUCUUGUCUCCCAACUAUGCAGAAUCCGAAUGGUGUUUGGAUGAGCUUUACUUGCUCAUCCAAACUGGGGCUCCAAUCGUUCCAGUGUUUUGGAAAGUUCGACCCUCAGAGGAUCGAAUGGAGGAUGAGAAUGGUGUGUACGCAAAAGAUUUCAGAAAGCAUAAGAAGGCUGGAAAAUUCAGUACUGAAACGCUUGAGAAAUGGAGAAACGCACUGCGCUGGGUAUCGCUCGUUGAAGGCUUUAUAAGUGAAGGGUAA